CAGGCGGUCCCUUCCCUCGUCAUCUCCCGGCCACCAUGUCGGGCGCGUACGCAUAUCUUGUACUCUCUGCACUGGCCAUCGGCGCCGUUGUUGCCUCUCCGCCCCUAGUUGUCCAGUCUGAACCUCAAGUCAACUAUGAUCUGGAUGCCGACGUCAAAGUCCCGGUCGUUCUCGGCGUAAUGAGCCGCUGCCCAGAUGCUAUUCUGUGCGAAUCGGUUUUCGACCACGUCCUCAAGAGGGUCGGAAACAAGGUUGACUUGUCACUCUCGUUCAUUGGAUCCAUCAACCCUUCGGAACCGGAUUUCGGCGUUACAUGCAAACAUGGACCGGAGGAGUGUGCCGGAAAUGUGCACGAGCUCUGCGUUCAGAAAUAUGCCACCCCAACUCAGUCCUGGGAAUUUGUACAAUGCCUGAACUAUCAGGGCAAAGACAAGAUUGGCCUUCCACAAACGGCGUUGCAGUGUUCCAGCACUCACAACAUUGAUUGGGAGGGAAGCAGCGUGGGAGCCUGUGCCGGAACCGAUGGUAGCGGCAAAGCGGCGGAGGGUGUGCAAUUACUGCAAGAGAGUGUGAGGGCCAGCCACAGCUUAGGGAUUGUCAACAGCUGUACGAUCAUGAUCAACGGCAAGCAAGUCUGCAUCCACGACGAAACGUGGAAGCAGUGCGAGAACGGCCACAGCCCUCAUGACUUCGUCAGGCAGAUUAAUGAGGCGUAUGAAAAGCUAAACGGAGACAGUGGCGAUAGUGGCAGUAUGAGCGACUGAUGUUGUAGUAUGGUUGAUCUGUUGCCAGUAUUCAACUACCGAGGAUGAGUUCGUAUCCGAUG